AUGAAGGACCGCGCAGUGCAGCUGCACAGGGACAACGAGCGUGCCGCCGCGGCCCGCGAGCGCGUGCGCGACGCGCUGCUGGAGCAGUACCCGUUCCUGCCGAAGGACCUCCACGGCAUCCCGCUGGAGGAUCUGCCGCUGCGCGACGACGACGAGUUCGUCGACGCGGAGCAGGAGCGCGCGCGCCUGGCCGCGGAGCCGGUGCGCAACGCCGAGACGCUGCGCGCCGCGGAGGACCGGAUGAGGGCGCGCGCAGGGAAGGUGGCGGACGUGGCUGCGGCCACCGAGGAGGCGCUGCGUGAAAGGCUGCCGUUUGUGGAGGUGGGCAAGGUACCGCUGCGCAGCAUGGGGCUGGAGUCGUGGCCGGAGUUCGCGGCGCUGCUGGCGCAGCUGGAGGAGCUGGCCAAGGACCACCCGGCGGCGGCGAAGGGGCCGGAGGCGCGGCGGCUGGAGAAGGCCAUGGUGGACCUGGCCAAGCUGCGGGCCUACGACGAGGCGGCGGCGACGCAGUGCGACGCGAUGAAGGAGGCCGACCUGCACGAGCGCUUCCCGUUCCUGCCGGAGGAGCCGGUGCCGGGGAUGCCGCUCGCGGAGGCCGAGCUCGUCGCGGACCCCGAGUUCCGCACGCUGGCGAACGAACUGGUGGACCUGCGCAGGAACCCGGAGGCCAGCCCGCAGGCGCUGCGCGCCGCGGAGGCGGCGCUGGCCGACCACGCUGCCGAGGUGGCGGCCGCGAAGCUGCGCGCGACGGAGGAGGCGCAGGCGCACUACCCGUUCCUGUCGAAGCGCGUCGCGGGCGUGCCGCUGAGCGAGCUGCCGCUGGCGCAGGACGAGCUGUUCCAGGCGCUGGUGGCGCAGCGCGCGCCGCUGCUGCGGGAGCCGGAGGCGAACGCCCAGCCGCUGCGUGCCGUGGAGGACCAGCUGCGCAACCGCGCAGCGGUGCUUGCGGACGCCAAGGAGAAGCUGGACGCCAUCCACGCCGCGGACAGCGACGAGGUGCGUGCGCACAACCCGUUCCUGCCGCACAGCGACGUGCGCGGGGUGCCGCUGCGCGAGCUGGGCCUGUCGCAGGACGCCGAGUACGUGGACAAGUGGCUGGACCGGCUGCGGCUGAUGGAGCACCCGGAGGAGAACCGGCCCGCCAUCCAGGCCGUCGAGGGCGCGCUGCGCGACCGCGCCGAGGAGCUGGCGCGGGACAAGCUGCGCGCGGAGGACGAGCUGCUGGCGAAGCACCCCUUCGUGGCACGGCCGCCGGGUGCGCCGCUGCUGGCGUCGCUAGGCGUGCCGGUGGACGAGCAGUUCCGACAGAUGGCGCAGGAGCACGCGGCGCUUGCGGAGGAGCCGGUGCGCAACGCCGAGCCGCUGCGCGCGGUGGAGAAGGCGAUGCAGGCCCGUGUGGCCGCGCUGGCUGCCGCGGACGCCGAGGAGACGCUGAAGCCGGCGGAGGCUGCGCGGGUGCUGGUGCGCGAGCACCUGAUGUGCGUGCCGUACGUGCACCCCGACGUGCCCAAGGACGCGAUCUUCAGCGAGCUGGCGGAGAAGCGUGACGCGCUGCUGAGCGACCUGGAGCGCAACGCGGCGCCGCUGCGCGCGGUGGAGGAGGAGAUGCACGAGCGCGCGGUGCAGGUGGCGGCGCAGCACAAGCGCCGCACGCGCCCGGAGCGUCGGCUCUCCACUGUGCAGAUGACGGACGUGGAGCCGGAGAAGGCCGGCGAGGUGCGGGAGCAGGAGGCGGACACGGCGCCGUUGCUGUCGGGCACGGAGGUGCGCGACCCGUACUACCAAGAGCUGGUGGCGCUGCGCGCCUCGCUGGUGGAGGAGGGUCCGAGGCGCUACGCGGACACGAUCCGCGCGGUGGAGGAGCAGAUGAAGGACCGCGCAGUGCAGCUGCACAGGGACAACGAGCGUGCCGCCGCGGCCCGCGAGCGCGUGCGCGACGCGCUGCUGGAGCAGUACCCGUUCCUGCCGAAG